UCUUGGUAAAAAAUGCUGCAGCGCUAUUUCAUUGUUUUCUUUGGAAAUUGAACCGUUUAUGUUGUAACCUUUAAUGCAUGUUGUUUACUGUUAAUACUAGGACGUUACCCAGCUGUUCUGUGUUGUUUUGACCGUUAAUAUAAGUUUUGUAAAUGUUUUCAUUUAACUUUCUGGGCGCCAUUUGUAUUAUUGCAGGCUGCCCUAUGUCACGUGACUAACGUAGCUCCACAGAGAUUUUAGCAUCCAUUUCCUGUGUAAAUUCUGUUAUUUUGCAUAUUUAGGAGCAGAGAUGCAGAAAAAGACCAGAAGGACAUUAAUGAGUUAUAUUGUCUUUUGCAGAUAUGUGUUUUCCUUUGUUAAAUGUUAUAAUUCUCGUUGUCUCUGUUUAGUCACCCAACCCCACGCACCUUUUCACUUUGCCCACCAGGUCACUGGUGGUCACUGGUGGGCAAAGAAUAUCGUUUUUCAUGGUUUUGAAAUUUGUUAUAAUGGAGGUUAUAUGUUUUUUUCAUAGUUCUCUACUAGUAAUGUGUACACUGACAUGAGCACAUACUGUAAUGUCAAAUUGAUGUAUCUGACUAUAUUUUAAGAAAAAGAAAAAUAUUCAUAAAAUCUUGAUAGUGCUGUUUUGCAUUCCUGAGGGAACAGAGGAGUAGAAGUAGACCAGAAGACAAUUAAUGGGUUAUAUUGUCUUAUGCAGGAGCAAAUAUAUGGUGGAGAAUAAUCCCUUGAGUGGCCAACAACAAGCUCCACUCUCUGAACUGGGGAGUCAUCUCAGAUCCCAGGAACACUUUGGCACCAGAAAGCAGAGAGUGAGUAAUUUAAACUUAUACAGUCAUUUCCACUGAGAGCUGAAAUGGAGCAGAAAGGAGUUCAGCUGGACCAAGACACCUUCUCUUGUUCGAUCUGUCUGGAUCUACUGAAGGAUCCGGUGACUAUUCCCUGUGGACACAGCUACUGCAUGAACUGUAUUAAAAGCUUCUGGGAUGGAGAGGAUCAGAGGAAGAUCUACAGCUGCCCUCAGUGCAGACAGACCUUCACACCGAGGCCUGUCCUGGUGAAAAACACCAUGUUAGCAGAUUUAGUGGAGCAGCUGAAGAAGACUGGACUCCAAGCUGCUCCUGCUGAUCACUACUAUGCUGGACAUGAAGAUGUGGCCUGUGAUGUCUGCACUGGGAGGAAGCGGAAAGCCCUCAAGUCCUGUUUGACUUGUCCAGCUUCUUACUGUAAGAAUCACCUCCAGCCUCAUUAUGAUGCAGCUCCAUUAAAGAAGCACAAGCUGGUCGACCCCUCGGAGAAGCUCCAGGAGAACAUCUGCUCUCGUCAUGAUGAGGUGAUGAAGAUGUUCUGCCGUACUGAUCAGCAGAGUAUCUGUUAUCUCUGCCCUGUGGAUGAACAUAAAGGACACGACACAGUCUCAGCUGCAGUAGAAAGGACUGAGAGGCAGAGAGAGCUCGAGGUGAGUCGACAAAACAUCCAGCAGAGAAUCCAGGACAGAGAGAAAGAUGUGAAGAUGCUUCAACAGGAGGUGGAGGCCGUCAAUCGCUCUGCUGAUAAAGCAGUGGAGGACAGUGAGGAGAUCUUCACUGAGCUGAUCCAUCUCAUCCAGAAAAGAAGCUCUGAUGUGAAGCAGCAGAUCAGAUCCCAGCAGGAAACUGAAGUGAGUCGAGUCAAAGAGCUUCAGGAGAAGCUGGAGCAGGAGAUCACUGAGCUGAAGAGGAAAGACGCUGAACUGAAGCAGUUCUCACACACAGAGGCAGCUGUGUCAGAGCUCAGAGGUCAACUACAGAACAUCCUGAGGGAGAAAUGGACAAACAUCUCACUGGCAGUGACUGAGGUGAAGGUUUUACCACCACAACCAGAGUCCAAGACCAGAGCUGGAUUCUUAAAAUAUUCAUGCAAAAUCACUCUGGAUCCAAACACAGCAAACACAUAUUUGUUAUUAUCUGAAGGGAACAGCAAAGCAGAAGGAAUGAGAAAACAACAGUCUUAUUCUAGUCACCCAGACAGAUUCACUGGAUGGUGUCAGGCCCUGAGUAGCGAGAGUCUGACUGGACGUUGUUACUGGGAGGUGGAGUGGAGAGGUGGAGGAGUUCGUAUAGCAGUCGCAUACAAGGAUAUCAGAAGAGCAGGAAGCUCAGAUGAAUGUGGAUUUGGAUUUAAUAACAAAUCUUGCGCUUUAUAUUGUGACACUAACGGUUAUAAAUUUUUGUUCAACAACAUCAAAACUCCCGUCUCAGGUCCUCAGUCCUACAGAGUAGGAGUGUACCUGGAUCACAGUGAAGGUACUUUGUCCUUCUACAGCGUCUCUGAAACCAUGACUCUCCUCCACAGAGUCCAGACCACAUUCACUCAGCCUCUCUAUGCUGGAAUUUGUCUGUGUUAUUAUUCUUAUGGAGCCACAGCUAAGUUCUGUAAACUCAAAUAGUCAGAAGUCAUAUCAGACUUCAUGUAUCAGAUUUUGUGUUGUAAUUCUUCAUUUUUUACAUUGUUUCUGAGAGCUUGUUGCUGUGGUGUUUCUGAACUAAACAUCAGAAACAUCAGCUGUCAA